AUGGGCAUCAAGGGUUUGACGAAACUGCUGGCGGACAAUGCACCCAAGGCGAUGAAGGAGCAGAAGUUCGAGAGCUACUUCGGCCGCAAAAUCGCCGUCGACGCCAGCAUGAGCAUCUACCAGUUCCUGAUUGUAGUUGGAAGGACAGGUGUGGAAACUCUCACAAAUGAAGCUGGUGAAGUCACUAGUCAUUUGCAAGGAAUGUUCAACCGGACAAUAAGGUUACUGGAAGCGGGAAUCAAGCCAGUUUAUGUUUUUGAUGGCAAUCCUCCUGAUAUGAAGAAACAAGAACUUGCUAAAAGAUACUCAAAAAGAGAAGAUGCAACCGAAGAUCUGAAAGAGGCAGUAGAGGAUGGAGAUAAAGAUGCGAUUGAAAAAUUGAGCAAGAGGACUGUAAAGGUCACAAGGCAACAUAACGAUGACUGUAAACGACUACUAAGACUUAUGGGGGUUCCUGUUGUAGAGGCACCUUCUGAAGCAGAAGCAGAAUGUGCAGCCCUUUGCAAAAACGAUAAGGUGUUCGCUGUUGCUUCAGAAGAUAUGGAUUCCCUUACUUUUGGGGCUCCAAGGUUCCUUCGUCAUUUAAUGGAUCCAAGUUCCAAGAAAAUACCUGUGAUGGAAUUUGACGUUGCCAAGGUUUUGGAGGAGCUUGAGCUCACCAUGGACCAGUUCAUCGAUUUGUGCAUCCUGUGUGGAUGUGACUAUUGUGAUAGCAUCAAAGGUAUCGGGGGGCAAACAGCUCUGAAACUUAUUCGUCAACAUGGGUCCAUAGAAAGCAUUUUGGAGAAUCUUAAUAAAGACAGAUAUCAAAUUCCUGAGGACUGGCCUUACCAAGAAGCUCGACGCUUGUUCAAGGAGCCUAAUGUUACAUUGGAUGUUCCUGAGCUGAAAUGGACUCCACCUGAUGAGGAGGGUCUCAUUAGUUUCCUGGUAAAAGAUAAUGGCUUCAAUGAAGAUCGGGUGACAAAGGCCAUAGAGAAGAUCAAAUCUGCCAAGAAUAAAUCAUCGCAAGGAAGACUCGAGUCCUUUUUCAAGCCAGUUGCCACCACAUCAGCACCGCUGAAACGGAAGGAGACUUCGGAUAAAACAAGCAAGGCAGCUGCGAACAAGAAAACAAAGGCCGGUGGGAAGAAGAAAUAA